CCGGGGCGUCAGCUUCCCGGAGGUGGAGCCGCACCGGCACAGGUGGCAGGGCCAAGCCCGGGUCCCACAGCGCUUGGGGAGCCCUGCUCAGGACCCCACAGCACCUGCCUUGCCCUGGGCAGGCAGCCCGCCUCCCCCAAAUCCCCCCCUCGCCCUCCUGCCCCCAGCCAUGGCGAGCACAGAGGGCGCAGGGGGCCGGAGGAGGAAUCUGGCCCUGCUGCGGCACAAGCUGUACAUGGGGGAGAGGAGGAGGACGGAGCCCGUGGUGGAGAGCAGCGCGGCCGGGGAGCACGGCGCCCUGCGAAGGAGUCAGUCCGACCGGAGCGAGUACAGCCAGAAACUGCAAGAAAAAAUGGCCCCGCAGUCAGGGUCCUCAUCCCCGGCCGCUUUGCCCCAGGAGGAUGAGGAAGCUACCAGACGUAUGAUGGCCAAGAGAGUAAAAAUCAUCGCCGAGCUCAUGCAGACAGAGAGGGACUAUAUCAGCGACCUGGAUCUCUGCAUCAAGGAAGUGAUUCAGCCUCUGAGAAACAAGCAGAUUGUUCACUUUGACGUGGAUGGCUUGUUUAGCAACAUUGAAUCGGUCCAUCAAAUAUCAGCCAAACUGCUGUCACUGUUGGAAGAAGCCACGACAGAUGUGGAACCACCCAUGCAAGUAAUCGGGGAAGUGUUCUUGCAGAUUAAAGGCCCACUAGAAGACACAUAUAAAAUCUACUGCUAUCGCCACGAUGAUGCACACACCAUGCUGGAAUCCUAUGAAAAGGAUGAAGAACUAAAGCAGCAUUUAAGACACUGUGUACAGUCCUUAAAAAAGAUGUACGAGGAAGAAGGGAAGCCAAAUCUAAUGGAUAUGGGAUCCCUGAUGAUCAAACCAGUACAACGGGUGAUGAAGUAUCCCUUGUUACUCUGUGAACUCUUGAAUUCAACUCCUGCUUCUCACCCUGACCACAAGGCUCUACAAGAGGCCCUUUUUGCUAUGAAAAGCAUUAAUGUGAACAUCAAUGAACUUAAAAGGAGGAAAGAUUUAGUGCUGAAGUAUAAGAGGAAUGAUGAUGAUGAAACCCUUAAAGAAAAGUUUUCCCGACUGAAUAUUCACUCCAUUAGCAAGAAAUCCAAGAGGGUCACCAGCCAUCUGAAAAUACUGACGGGGGGAGAACCUCAGGUGAAAGAUCAAACCUUUAAUAGGGAAGAAAAGCUGUUUCGAAGUUUAGAGAAGACUGUGAAAUUGUGUGUGAAGAACAUUUCAUCCUCCUCGCAACAUCUACAGGAUUCCAUACACCUGGCUGCACAGAACAUAACUGGGCUUCAGGAAGUCUUGCAAGACAAAGAAGAUGAAGUCAAGAACCACUUGAAAAAACUAAACAAUACUGCAAAUCUCUGUGAAGACCUUAUGGCUCAACUGGACAAGCUUGUUUUGAUUCCUCUCUCAGCACUACAAGCCUUGUUUGCAGGCCCACAGAAGCUCAUCCAGAAGCGCUACGACAAGUUGUUGGACUACAACAGCUACCUUCAGAGGUCAACAGGAGAAGAGCUGGACCUGGCAAAGAAAGACUAUGAGGCUUUAAAUGCACAGCUAGUGGAGGAACUUCAGGUAUUCAACCGAGCAGCCAAAAAGAUUGUGUUGAACUGCCUGUAUUGCUUCAUCACCCUCCUCAGGAAUAUUAUGGCUGCAGCACUUCAAUCAAAUUCUUCUGUGGUGGUGCCUGUUCCACUGUCUUCCUCAAGCAUCUGUGAAGUGCAGAAUCAGUUGAUGGAGGAGGUUCACAAGCUGAAUUUUGUAAAAGAAAACAGCAGCGCAACCUUUAUUGAAAGAAAACUGAGCUUUGAAAAAAAGAAACCUGUCCCUUCUCCACUCGAAUCCCCACGCCAAACAGAAGCCGACAGGUCCAAGCUGCUGUCUACGUACAGCACGGAACUGCUGUAUCAAGCUAAGCGCAAGUGCAAUGCCACGCAGGAAUUCGAUAUUGAUUUGCAUGAAGGAGAAUUGGUGGCUGUCGUGGAGCAAAAGGACCCCUUCGGAAGUACGAGCAGAUGGCUUGUUGACACAGGAAACCUUAAGGGGUACGUGUAUUCCUCCUUCCUGAGGCCUUACAAUCCAGCCAAAGUGCAGAAGGAUGUAACAGAGAACAACUUCUGGGAUGAUGAUUUUGAUAAUAUCAGCCUCUUUGUCUCUUCACGGCCCUCCUCUGACAGCAGCACAAGUCCAGGGCACAAGAAAAGUGACAGCAGCUCAUCUCUUCACUUCUGUGAAAAUCCGACAACUAAUGGCACAGGGACUGGUGCUUUUCAGGAUAUGGAUGAUCAGCAAACCUUCUAUGCUGUUUAUGCAUUUCAAGCAAGAAAUGACCAGGAACUCAGUCUUGAGGAGUACCAGAAGGUUAGGAUACUUCGUUUUUCUGACCUGAGUGGCAAUAAAGAAUGGUGGCUAGCAGAAGCCAAAGGUCAGAAAGGAUAUGUACCAUCUAAUUAUCUCGGGAAGAUGACAUACGCUUAGGAACAGAAAGGUCCAUUCAGCGCGUUUCUCUGAAGUAGACAAUAAUAAUCUAUUACAGUUUGCAGAAAGCAAGGCAAACUCACAAUUGACUGACAGAAGCCAUGGCAUCUGGUACAGUGCACACAUGAUAUUGAGAACCUCCAUUCUCCAAAAGCCGUCACCUUGUCAAGACCUGAGGGAGAAAACAUUUAAUAGGAAGACUGAUUCUGAUUAACAUCUCGAAGAGCUUGCUUUUCUAUUACCCCAUAAUUUUCUCUUCUGUCAGUGUCCUACGUCAAAAGUCAACCUACAAGUACACAUUGCAGCUAACGUUAUGUUUUUCUUUCAUGAUAUUCAGCAAAUAAUAUUCCAGAUGAAGACAAAUAGCCUUGAAAAAGGACAAAUUCAGUCUUCAGGGAUUGUAGUUCAAAAUGAAUUAUUCCUAAGCCCCUACCUUGAUGAACAUAGACAAAUCUCAAUACUCAGGGCUUUUGCAUUGUCUGUUUUUGUCCUCAGCCACUUUUGUAACGAACCUUUUUCUCAGUGACAAAUAUUGAAGUGGGAAGAGAAAAAGGGUUUCAUUUUCAUAGGAAACAUUUCAAUUUAAAACAUACUGAGUAUGUUGGUGCUAGUGGCUGGUCUCAGGGAAGAAGGUAUAUUUAGUUAAAUAUGGAAAUGCGUGGAGAGGAAUAGCAGGCACAAGAAACAGGUAACGUGAAAUAGGGAAGUUAUAAUUCUCAGAAAAAAAAAUCGCAACUACUUCAUACGAUUGGCAAUAAUUUGUAGCAAUAUGAAUGUGCCUCUAGGUUUGAAAUUACAUGCCUCUAGACUAACUGUGUUAUAGUGCAGGAUCUGUGUAGUGAAACAAAACUUGUGUUAUUAGACUUGGGAAUUUAUUAAGCUUUGGGGAAAAAAAAGUGAAGCAGUGCCUUACCAUGAAUAUUUACUGUCUAUCUGACUCCCUAGGUCAGAUACAGAGAUCAUACUGUCUAGUGAAUAAGCUAAGAUUUAAGAUGUGUCAAAAUUUCUCUUCCAGAAAAAAAACACAUUCUCAUUUUGAAAGUGUCUAACAUUAGAGUGAACAGUGAGUGAAGAACGUAUUAAUGAGCUGAUUUACAAUUUGCAAAACUCAGGGUCAAAACCCCUGUAUUUUGCUUAGUUAUCUUAAAAACCGUUAAGGUUAUUUUAAUAAGUUAAAAUGGUUCACAUCAUAUCCUCAGUGAGCAUGGGAAAACAAACAAACGAAAAAACAACCAAGGAAUGACAUGGUUUUCAAGUCGUGCUUCUUGAGGUUCACUGCCUGCAGCAAUCCUUAGGUCAGGCUGGUGCCCUACACUUGAGCUAGACUGAAUGGUGAUCUAACGAUAUGUCAUUACUAUUACCACUGAUAACUGAGUGUUCAUCACAAUCUAUUUCAAUACAGAAAUGCCUAGCCCCUCUAGUGAUGAAUGAAGACCUUAUUGUGCUAAGCACUGCAUAAAAGGGGGGAAGAAGCAAGAGACUAGGCCUAAAGCAGUUAGUGUAAGAGAAAGAUAAAACUCCUGUCAGGUAUUUUCUGUAUUGCUUCAUAAUUGCUUAUUACCGACUGACCAUUAAAGUGACAACAUUAUUAAAUUUGAUGAGGGGAUGUUGCUGAUCAAGGGUGUGUGGAUGAAGAAAUUGUUCUAAAGCUAUUGUGCAAGUUUCUACUUCCUGUAGCUGAAGUGCGGGGUAUGAAGAUAAAAUGAACCCAAACCCUUCCUGAGAUAUAAUAGGAAAUAACCUGUCAGCAAAGAAAGGAUGAGAGAAAUUAUGGUAGCUGAUGCAAAAAAUAGCUUUUGCUGCACAAAUGAAUCUAGUUGCAUUUUCUUUAGAGUCCUGUAUUUUUCUUUCAUUUUGCUGAAAAGGUAAAGUUCUCAGUUUUGCUCAGAUGAAUGUAGAUCGCAGAGAUAAGAUCCUGAAAUCUAUGCUGGAUUAAAUUCUAUGACAGAAACUUUUUGAGUUCUCUGAGAUGGACAUCCAGAAAUCACUAUGUGAAACACUGUGAACAAUCCAAUGACCAGUAAUAAUAGAUAUCAUGGUUUUGCCUAACUUGUACAUAACCUUAUGCACUUCAGUCUUGCUGUUUGCAAGCAAAAAAGGUUCCUAUCCCUUUUAUUAAUGGAUGAAGCUGUUUUUACAGAAAACUUGUUAUUAUUUAAAUGGAAAAAAUAAAGCUGGGGUGCAGGAGGGCAAGCAUCAGCUUGGAUGAAUGAAUUGAAACUACAAUUGAUUCUGCCCUACUGUGUUUUCCCUGCUUCAGUGCUUAUAUUUUAAGAUUGUGGGGAAGAUGUAUACAAGAAGCUUUUCAGCAUGCCUUAUGUUUCAGAAUAUUUUAUUUGGAGAUGACCUAUUUGCAAUAGCUGAAACAGUUUUAGAAAUGACUGAAUUGUAUUUAAUAGGCUCAGUGCAGUCAUGUAAGCACAAUGAAGAAGUUUAGCAUUUCAGACAAGAAAAUUAAGGGACAGAGUCAGAAAAAAAAGUCUGAAGUGUUAGUUCUGAGAACUCAGCUUGAGUCAUACGGAGGGCUCUGAUUUUGAGUGUUAUGUGCAUUCACCAUGAAAAAUCAGGCUCUGUGAAGGUGUCUCAAAGUCUAUUCAAAUGCCGCUUUCCAAAAUGUUUACUAAGGAUCCUGAAGUAACAAGAAAUGAAGGAUGAAAUAUAAUGUAGCCGGCCACCUCUAUUUCACUGAAUUUUUACAGGAUUUGGGAAGUCCUAAUAGGCUGUGAAACCUUAGUCUAUGGUUAGUACCCUUAAUUUUAUAUUGUGGGCUAAUUUAUAUGACUUCAUUAUAUUCUUUUUAUCUUUACAGUAUCUUGGAAUUUGCUAAUUUCACUAAUAAUCACUUUAUUAAGUAUUCACAUAGAUUGGCUUAUUUAAUCAUCUCAGGAAGUCAAAUUUUUGUGUGUUAUGAUUUGAUAUUACAGGUAUAUUGCAAGCUUUUAUUUUUCUUUUAAACGAAUUAAUGCAAACUGCAAUCACUGCAAAACAUGAAGAGAUGCUCUUUGAAUCUAAAGCCUUCCUACAUUAAGGAGAUUUACAACAAUUCAAAUGAGACUUGCUCAGACAUUUUUGUUAAGGUCAUGCUUUAAAUACUAGGAACUGAGAUAUGUUAGUUCUCCAGAAAUUUCUAAGAACUGUGUAAUGUUUUUGCAGCAGUUUCUUUCAUGUAAAGAAGGUUACAGUAUUCUAAGAGCUUUCUUGUUCUCAUUAAUGACAAAACUAAUCUAUUUUGAUUGAAGCAGGCUACAGUUGUAUUAGACUGAUCUUGCAUAUAUUCAAAUAUGCAUUUUACUUACUUGAGCAGUUGUGACAGUAAGCAUGUGCAAAAAUUUCCAAGAUUGGGUCCACACAAGCUAAAGUGUUUGUCAAAUCAAGGGCAAUUCACUUUAUUUUAAGUGUUGACAUUGACAGCCUGGAACCCAGCAAACAUACAAGCCAAUGAACACAGCUCAGAGUCUUUGGCAACUGUGCGCUUCAUUGCCUUCCCUCUGCUUGGAGGGUGCUUGUGCACUUUAACUAAGGAGUCACAUUUUCAGCACAAACACAGAUUGAAGAAUUAUUCCUUCUGACUUUGUGAUUGAGUAAUUAGCACCUUCGAAUAGUAAAAUACAUUUCUACUGUCAUUUUAAGAGAGAUUGUAAAAAUACAGAUAUGUGAAAUGAACUAGACCUGUGAAAGAAAACACAGCCGUAACAAUGCUUGUGCUUAUAGAUCUAUUAUUGAUAAUUCCUCUUACAGUACUGUUCAUAAAUGGUGAAAAAUCUUCUUUUAAAUUAUUGUAAUAAUAAAAAUUUAUUUUUGUAAAGAUA